GGGCAGCCUGCAGCGGGACAGGGGAACACGCUCUGCAGUCACCCUUGUACCUUUCCGCCCAAUGCAGCGGCUCUCUUUCCUUUUCUUGGCUUGUGUGGCCGCGAGGGCGGCAGGUGGCCGGUUCGGCUGCUACCAGUAUGUGCACCCCCGCCCCGGCUCCGACAUGGUGUCUGCCGUGACGACCAUCGCCGUUCGGCAGGGCCAUCGGCUGCUGCCUGAGACCAUCGAGAACAAGCUGUGGAUCAAGGGUGAGCAGACGGGCGAACUGUCCGGGUGGCACCACAUCGCCAACGACGGCAAGACGCUCAUCGUCAACAUCCCCCAGCCCUUCGCCCCUGGCGAGAGGGUAUUCCUCAAAAUCAUCCCCGGCAUUGCCACCCUUGACGGCUCCGUGUGCGAGGAAGCGCUCGAGUACAAUUUCAAGGUCUCUUGGAAGCCCGUCAGGGAGUACCGGUCAGCCUGGGCCCUCGGCAGCGCCACAGACCCCACUCUCUUUAACCCCUGGACCGUCCCGCAGGCACGUGAGUCCGUCCAGCCGUCUGAUCCCAAGUUCCACAACGGAGGCGGCAAAGCUGGUCCGCCCGCAGCCCCCGGUAUCGGCGGCCGACAGCUAGAGGCCAACGCGACAGCCGAGAUGAGUCCUGAGGAGAGGAGGCGGAUGCAGCAGAAGGCCGCGAAGGAGUCGUGGGAGAGGUUUGUUGAUGCGGUCAAUCGGCAUGGGAUGCCUCCGGGAGACAGGGCGGCUUAUGAGAAGCACAGAGAAGUCAUGAAGACGGCCUUCAAGCAGUAUGUGAGGCCAAAGGCGGCGCAGCGGGGGAAGGGGAAAGGCCACACAAUCAAGGCCAGCGCUCAGGAGGCGAAUACCGGCGACGGCGAUGGGCAGGAGGGUGAGGAGGUCAACCUGAGGGCCUCCUCUAUGUGGACGGCUCCGUACAAGGACUGGAAGACCAUCCCGGGCGACCUGCCGCUCAUCGACGUCAAGCACGGUCCGGCCCAAGGGCUGAGCAAGGGCUUCAUAUUCUCGUCCAACAUGCGGUACCCCGAGGACCAAUGGGGCGCCUACUUGAUCAUAUCGGACGACGUGGGGCAGCCGGUGUGGUUCAAGCGCGUGUGGGACGACGGGUACAUCUGGUCGCUCAUCGACCUCAAGGUGCAGCGCAACGGCAACUUCACCUACCACGACACCAACGCCAGCACCUACGUCGAGAUGGGGCACGACUACGAGAUAUGUAAACGGUACUUCCCCGGCCACGGAUACUUCGCCAACGCCCACGACUUCCAAGUCAACGAAAAGGGCCACUCCCUCAUGAUUGUGUACCAGACGGAGGGCAUGGACGUCAAGGCCAUGGGCAUCCCUGAGGGGCAGGAGGACGCCCAGGUCAUCGGCGGCAUCAUCCAGGAGAUCGAUACCUCCGGCAAUGUGGUGAGAUGACGCCACGCCCACACACGCACUCAGGGCACAGAGCGACCGACCCUUCUCCCCCUUGUCUGUCUGUCUGUCUGUCUGUCUGUCUGUCAUUCGGCAGAUAUUUGAGUGGCGGAUGUGGGACCAUCUGCCCGAGGCCAUGCACAAGACCGUGGGCCUCGGGCAGAAGUCGUCAAAGGUUGCUGACCCCAUCCACAUCAAUGCCAUCGACUGGACAACAGACGGCCACAUCACCGCAUCGCUCAGGCACUUCGACCAAGUCAUCAAGGUAGGUGACCCACUCACUCACUCACUCACUCACCACGACCAUCGCCGCUGGACCGCACAGCAUGUCUCCCCCCCUCUCCCUGUGUGUGUGUAUCCGAUCCAUCAGAUCAACCGCCUCACGGGCGACAUCAUUUGGCGGCUGGGCGGCCCCGGCAACGAGUUCACGUGGGUGGAUGAGGACCGCCCCUUCUCGCACCAGCACGACGUCCGUCUGCACGAGGACAGCCACCUCACCGUCUACUCCAACGACAACCUGCACGACUGGCCCCCUCCCCGCUACUCUCGCGCCGUCGAGUACUGGCUUGAUGAGCCCGACCGGCUCAUCAAGAAGGUCCGCGAGUACCGCUCGCCCGAGAACUACUACGGCAUGGCGACGGGCAGCAUGCAGCGGUUCACCAACGGCAAUCUCGGCAUCUGCUGGGGCGGCGUCGGACGGCCCGAGAAGCUGCCCUUCUACACUGAGGUCAGCCCGACGGGCGAGAGGCUGCUGGAGCUGGAGUUCACGGCGCAGGAGAACAGCUACCGCGCGCUGCGGUACGACUGGUGGGGGAUACCCAAGGCCGACCCGUGGCUGAUAUUGGACCGCGAGAGCAACCCGCCGCAGCUGCACAUGAGCUGGAACGGCGCGACGGUGGUGGCCAAGUGGAAGAUAUGGCACGGCCACUUUCGCGAGGCCAACCAGUUCGCGGACGUGAUAGUCAAGAGGAGCUUCGAGGAGAUCUACCCGCUGCACAAGGGGGUUGCGCAAGAGAGGUGCCACUACUUCCAGGUGGAGGCCAUGAGCUGGGGCGGCAAGCCACUCAGGAGGUCCAAUCCCGUCUUCUCGGGAUGGGGCAACGAGUCGGACUGCCCGGAGAAAUAGGGAGAUGGGGAGACAGGGAGACAGAGGCAGGGAAAGCGACUCAGGGAGGAAGGGGGGAGGUAGAGUUCCUUUUGACCUCGUGUGGAUGCGUACACGCUCAUAAUGAGGGUGUCUGUACUGCCUAGGGCUGAUGCGCCUUGUCCGGCUCCUUGUCUGUCUGUCUGUCUGUCUGGCUGGCUGCCUGUCUGUGUCUUGUGCCUCAAACUUGGCGUAUGUAUGUAUCCCUUCCUUGCCGCUAGUGAACUGACGGGCGGAUGUACGUUUGUAUUUGUAUGCACGUAUGUCUUUGCUGUAGAAGAGACGCAUUGACAGGAGAGAGAGAGACACAGAUGUUGGUCGAUUGGUCGAUUGGUCGAUUGGUUGGUUGGUUGGUGUUUUUGGCAGUCAGCCAGGGUAGGUGUAUCCGACCAACAAGUAAGUUCUUUUUGUUAUAGCUAGCUACAAUUACGUGCUCAUUUAUCCAUCCAUCUCUGCCUCCCUCCCUCCCUCCCUCCCUCUGUGGUGUGUACGUGUCCUGUCUGUCUAUAGGUGCUGUGCUUAGCUGUCCGUACGCAUCUACAUCCAUACAUCCAUUUGUCUUGUCCAGCGCUACCGUGUCUCUGUAUUGCAUUGUAGAGCGUACCGUAGCUUCGGUACCAUUCGUGUGUGUACAUCUAUCGCAUAUAUCGCGUGUACGUAUUUGUGGACGGACGGACGAACACACACACAUGCUGUGCAGUGCUCGUGCGGCGCGUGUUGGUUGGUGCGGGUUCAAUGAAGGAAUCGGUGAUUGAAUUCGCUUGCCUUCUGUGUGCCUGGGUGGGGGGCUUGGCGGGUGCAGCGAUGGAUGAGUGACUGGAUGGAUGGAACAGUGAAAGAAUCGUGGGGGUGAGUGGUUGACUGACACAGCCAGUGCCUGGCCCGCCUAGCUGCAUGAACGCUGCGGUGGUAGGACGUGCGUGCGUGCG